UGACUGGUCACUACCUUGGUGAAUUCUCCAUCACCUACAAGCCUGUUAAGCACGGUCGCCCCGGUAUUGGUGCCACUCACUCUUCUAAGUUUGUUCCCCUCAAGUAAAAAAAAUGUUGGAAUAUCUUAUGUUUAUUUUCAAUUAAAAGAAAAAAAGACGAAAAUUGUUUGAUCUAUUAUAAUUUGUUGUGUGUGUCUUUCGCAUUAAAGAAAUCCUUUUCCUCUCUUAUUUAGAGGUCUACAUGACUGUUUGUGACUGUGAAUAAAAAAGUUAAAGAAAGCAGAAAAAAAAAAACCUUUUCUUUUCUCGCAAACUAUGACAGAACAAACCUUUGCAGCCUUUGAUUUUGACCCUCGUUUAGCAAGAGCCAUUGCUCAACUUGACUUUACCCGACCAACGCCUAUUCAGUCUCAAGGUAUUCCUCUUGCCCUUGCUGGUAAAGAUAUUCUUGCUCGUGCUCGUACAGGUAGUGGCAAAACUGCCGCUUAUGCUAUGCCUAUUGUACAAAAGAUUCUUGCUACAAAACAAGAUCUCGAAGCAAAACCUGCUAUUAGAGCUCUGAUCUUAGUUCCAACAAGAGAACUUGCUGAACAAGUAACCAACCACUUAAACAAGCUUCUAGUGUAUGCCAACCAACUAGUCAAAGUAGUUAAUUUAGCAGGACAAAUGUCUGCACAACUUCAGAGACCUCUUUUAGCAGAACAGCCCGACAUUAUUGUCUCAACACCUAGUAGAGCUUUAACACACCUUGAAGCAAACAACAUGACCCUCAAAGAUUCACUUGAGAACCUUGUUAUUGACGAAGCUGAUUUAGUUCUAUCUUUUGGUUAUGAAGAGGAUGUUAGAAAGAUCUUGACCCAUUUACCCAAGAUUUACCAAAGUUUCUUGAUGUCUGCUACUUUUACCAAGGAAAUCGAACAAUUGACAGCACUUGUCUUGAGAAAGCCUGCUAUUUUAGCUUUAGAUGACACAAAAGAAGAAACAGAUUUGCUUACUCAAUAUGUUGUCAAAUGCACAGAAUUCGAGAAGUUCUUGUUUACAUUUGUUAUUAUCAAACUUCGCUUGAUCAAGGGCAAGAUCUUACUGUUUGUAAAUGACAUUGAUCGUUGUUACAAGCUUAAGCUCUUUUUGGAACAAUUUUCGAUCAAGUCUUGUGUUCUCAACUCAGAACUACCAUUGAACUCUAGAUACCAUAUUGUAGAAGAAUUUAACCGUGGCAUUUACGAUUACUUGAUUGCCACUGAUGAGUCAGAACUCAAAGGAGAGCUCGAUAGUGAAGAUGAAGAAAGCGAAAAGGAAGAGGAAGAAGAUGAAAACAAGAAAUCUCAAAAACAAGACAAGAAGGGCAAAAAAGUGCAAAAAGACAAAGAAUAUGGUGUUUCUCGAGGUGUUGAUUUUCAAGGUGUUACUGCUGUUCUCAACUUUGAUUUCCCUACUUCUUCAAAAGCCUACACACAUCGUAUUGGACGUACUGCUCGUGGUGGACAACGCGGUAUGAGUUUAUCAUUUGUAGUUACAAAGGAACUUGUUGAAGAGAAAAAGGAAGUUGCUCGAGGCAAAAACGUAACAGAUGAAGCUGUCUAUAAGCGUGUCCAAAAGCAACAAGAAGCCAAGGGAGCUGAAUUAAAGCCUUACAGUUUUGAAAAGAAGAAUGUAGCUGGUUUUAAAUAUCGUGUAGAAGAUGCCUUGAAGAAUGUCAACAAAGUAGCCAUUAAAGAAGCACGUAUCAAAGAAAUCAAGCGUGAAAUCAUGAAUAGUGAAAAGCUUAAAGCACACUUUGAAGAUAAGCCAAAGGACUUAGAGUUUUUGCGCCAUGAUCAUGCCCUUCAGCCUGCACGUGUUCAAGACCAUUUAAAGCAUAUUCCUUCUUAUUUAAUGCCUCGUAUUGCUGUUCCUACUGCCAUGGCUAAUACUGAACCUAUUGAUGUUCCAUUUCAAAGUCAGAAACGUAAGCGUGGUUCCUUUAAGAAAGGAGCUAAUAAGGUAAAUAGGAUAUAUUUGGCUGUAUAUGCGUAUUUAUAUUUUAUUUAGAAACGCAAGGAUCCUUUAAAGAUUAUUCGUCGCCGUUAAGGUCCUUCGAAAAAAAAAAUAGAAAAAAAUUGUAUUAUAGUUAAUCAUUUGCACCUACACACUCUCUAUUCAUAUCAUAUAUGCAUAUGCCAAUAAAAUUACUAUUCCUGUUUAAAAGUUGAAUGAUUAACAAAGUAGUACAAGAAAUGAUAAAUUUCUCCUUUUGUGUAAUGCCAUUCUGCCUAAAGAAGCAAUUAUGAAAAUUCUAGAAUGCACUAAACAAGUAAUACUUUUUUC